UUUGCCUCUCCGACUUCCUCUGGGAAGCCAUUGCGCGAGAUAUUCGCGAAAUUACAGAUUUUUGGUUUGACAAAGAUUGUCGGAAUAAUUCGCGAGCGGAAAAGUGGAAAAGGGAGUUUAGAUAGUGUAAAUUGCGAUUCGAAUGCAACCUUUAGCUGGGCCUGAGUUGGGUUGAAGAUAUCUAUUGAGGCUUGUAUUGGUGCAAUGCGAAAAGCUUCCGACAUAGUCGUUUACUAGGGGAGGGUGCGCUCAUCCACACUCCAUUCGUGAGGCUGCUUCCAGCUUCUAGCCAUACCGCCGAUAAGUGUGAGUGUCAUUUGCGGACCCUAAAAGUGCAACAUAACUACAAGGGACCCACAUUGUCUGCACAGGCAUAGCAUGCAGACGCACACAGGACGCGAACAGGCGACAGGGAUCAAAAAGGAUAACCCCACAUUGAACGGAUUCUAGCCGACUUCAUUCCAGCGGACGACGACCACGAACGAGAGCGACCGAAGACUGGACGAAGAAAAAAGGGGCUCUAGUUUUUUGAAUAAAGUGAAGCGUUUUAUUUUUAAAAAUUUCGCGUGUAUAAUGCAAAGGUAGGGAGGGACGAAAAGGUGUGUGGUAUGGUGUGUGCAGCGCGGCAAGCUACCAAACGAACAAAGCUACUCUACUCCGAAGGGAUAUAUACAAGUACGGGUAUUGUACCCUCUGAUAUGUGCUGCUCCUGGUGUGGCUAUUGCUGGUGUCUUGGGGUGCACUAGUGAAGUUGAGCGCGGACGAUGAACAGCUAAAUCGUCGCCGACUGCAGUUUUUAGAAGUUAAUAAUAGAAAGAGCACACAAUUGUUUUUAUAAGAAACGGUCAUAAUAAAAAAAGUUAGAAAAUAAUACAGAAUAUAAUAGAAAAUUUAGAGAUAACUUUCGCAAAAUAGUUCGUUUCUCUUAUAUAAUAAUGAAUCGAUAAUAAGUAAAGAAAGUUGGAUAUUCCAAACCGCAAAAUCGAGUCCGUGUUCCGCUGUCUGACCAACGUCCACAUCUACAGUUUCCGCGUUCCCGGAUGCCUUGGUGUUGCUUAAAUCGGAAAACCUUUCGGCGCAAAAAUUCAUCUGUAAAAGUUGAUAGGGAUUGCAAUUAACGGUCAAAUUUCGUUAGAUCCUUUAAAGGAGCGGAACGCCUUCGUCGUCGGCCCUAAUAUAUCUCCCAAACAGUGUGCACAGCCAGAGAAACUCUAAACCGACCCCGCUUUAAUUGCAAGUGAUAACAUCCAUUAAUGUUUUUUUCUUUUUGAAUUUGUUGCCAACUAUAUUUUUAGAAAAAUCGUGUUAUUUGUUGAGCGUUGAAAAUCUUGUAAGCAAUAUAUGGAAAUAUUGCAAUUGUUUCAUGUACCAAGAGAGGCCAUCACUAGUGCCGCAUAUUAACUUGUACAUACGCGGACAAUUAUUGGAAAGAACGUAAUAAUUGCAAAUAUCUCCGCUUGUGUAGCUACUUUUGUUGUUGUUUUUGUGUGAAAGAACGACCUAGACACUGCCAAUAUUGCCCUCGAUCGGUCGAGUGGCGCAUUUUAGAUACAUCGCGGAGUGGUGGUGUGGUGCAUCCUCGGCACUUAAGUAGGAACAAAAUAAAGAAGGAAAAAAAAAAUUGUAACGAUGUAUUCGAGUGAUUAUAAAGUGAAAUUCUUCUCAGGCGUGGAAAGUGCAUUUUCCAACACCACCUAAAGUCUGGGUGCCCAUUGCAAAAGCUGCAGCAGCCUGACUUUAACGCACAAUAUGGAAAUUUCAUAGUCGCUGAGUGUGUGCGCGCGCGAACAUCUCGAAUAUCUGAAAAUACCGAGUUUUCAUACAUUUGCCCAGAAUAUAUAAAAUUAACAAAAAAAAAAGAAAAAAGCCUGAAAUAAAAGGAAAAGAUACAAAACUCGCAAUCUCCUCGAUCGCACGAAUAUUGGGGUGUGUAAAUGUGAAAUUGGAAAAGUGCAUUUGAGCCAGUUCUAUUAUGAGACCUACAAAGUGCAUACAGUCGUCAUUGUCAGACUCCAGAGACUGCAAUUAUCGUUAUUGUUCAUAGUACGGAGCUUGUGUGGUUUUCGCGGGUAAUCGAGCUUCUACAGCACAACACUACUCUGAUAAUUCCGCUCCCAUUCGCUAGUUGGGUGCCCAUCUAGAAUCAGAGAAAUCCGUAGGACCCGGAAAAACCCAUCGACCCCAACCGCCACCGUUCACGAGUCAUCAGAGAGAGAGAUCUCCUAAAGGAAAAUCCAAGGAAGGCGUUUCAAAAAGAGUUCCGGUUGUCGGGUUUGCAUCCGUUCCGUAGUCUCGGUUGUCUGUGGUCUUUUUUUAUUUAGCGAAUAUUUCGUGAAACAAGAAAAGCUUAAAAAUAAAAUCUCCCUCGACCACUUCCUACGCAAACAGCACAGUUAAACGCGACGUGUCUCACCUUUAAAGACAUUUCAGAAAAAUCUGAAAAAUCUCUACCAGAAGGAAAUUUGGAUUCUACCGGUCACCGGUUUUUCGCGCGCGAGUGUUCUUCAGGAAUAGAGAGAGAGGGGAGGGGAGACAAGCGGUCAUCAGCGCGCUUAGUUUUCCUAUAUUAGUUUCAAGCAAUAGUUGGAAGUCUGAAAACAAUAUGGCGGAAGGUAAUGGCGAACUAGUGGACGAAGUCUCCGGAAUGAAAUCGGAAGAUCGAGGCGAUGGAGAGAAAACAGAAGACUAUCCAAAAUUAAUCGAAUAUGGAUUAGAUAAAAAAGUUGCCGCUAAAUUAGAUGAUAUAUAUAAAACAGGUAAACUAGCACACGUUGAGUUAGAUGAACGUGCACUAGAUGCACUUAAAGAAUUUCCGGUAGAAGGUGCCUUGAAUGUAUUAAGUCAGUUCCUUGAAUCAAACUUGGAACAUGUAUCGAAUAAGUCUGCGUUUUUAUGUGGUGUUAUGAAAACAUAUAGACAAAAAAGUCGUGCUAGCCAACAGGGUGUACCUACGCCUACAACAACAGUGCCAGUUAAAGGUCCUGACGAAGAAAAAAUUAAAAAAAUUCUAGAACGUACACAUUAUACACUCGAUGUUACAACGGGUCAGCGAAAGUACGGGGGGCCACCACCAAAUUGGACGGGCCCAACGCCGGGCAACGGGUGCGAAGUAUUCUGCGGUAAAAUACCAAAGGAUAUGUUUGAAGAUGAACUAAUCCCGUUAUUCGAGGAAUGCGGUGUAAUAUGGGACCUUAGGCUAAUGAUGGAUCCGAUGACUGGCACAAAUCGCGGAUACGCUUUUGUUACGUUUACAACAAAAGAGGCAGCACAGAAUGCUGUGAAGAAGCUCGAUAACUACGAAAUAAAACCCGGCAAAUGUUUGAAAAUUAACAUAAGCGUACCGAAUCUACGCCUAUUUGUAGGCAACAUACCUAAAUCGAAAGGCAAAGAGGAGAUACUAGACGAAUUUGGUAAAUUGACAGCUGGCCUAGUGGAGGUUAUUAUUUAUAGUUCACCAGAUGAUAAGAAAAAGAAUCGAGGUUUUUGUUUUCUCGAAUACGAAUCACACAAGGCCGCGUCAUUGGCUAAGCGAAGGCUUGGAACCGGAAGAAUUAAGGUGUGGGGAUGUGAUAUAAUAGUAGAUUGGGCGGACCCACAGGAGGAACCCGAUGAACAAACGAUGAGUAAAGUCAAAGUAUUGUACGUUCGAAAUUUGACACAGGAUAUUAGUGAAGAGAAACUUAAGGAACAAUUCGAACAAUUCGGAAAAGUUGAAAGGGUCAAGAAGAUCAAAGACUAUGCCUUUGUUCAUUUUGAAGAUCGUGAUCAUGCUGUGCUUGCAAUGCGAAGUUUAAAUGGGAAAGAAGUUGGAAAUUCUAAUAUAGAAGUCUCACUAGCCAAACCGCCUUCAGAUAAAAAGAAAAAGGAAGAAAUCCUUCGAGCCAGGGAGCGCCGAAUGAUGCAGAUGAUGCAAAGCCGUACGGGAAUAAUGGGUAUGUCGCCGACGCAUCCUGCCGCUAUGAUGCCAAUACCACCUAUGCGAGGCAUACCCGGACCUGGACCUGGACGAAUCCCUCUGAGAGGACCAAUGGGCCGUGGCGAUUAUGAUUAUGAUUACGACUUUUAUGGUUAUUCGGAUUAUCGUGGUGGCUACAAUGAACCAUAUUAUGACGAUUUUUACCGAUCAUAUGAUGGAGAUUACUUCUUUGAUUAUCCUCCGAGCGGUGUAUCGCCAGUAGCCGCCGGAGGACCACAGAGAACAACCAGAAAUAAUUCGGAUGGACCAAAUGGCCUGUAUGGCAUGUAUGAACCUAUGUUCGAGGGGGUUGGUCAUGGCCGUGGAAUCACAGCGCGUGGCCGAGCCGUUGGGCUCCGUGGCAACACCAAUCGUCAGGGGGCCCCACCGGGUCAACGGGGGGCCACCGUGGGGGCUCAGGCAGCAACCGGGGGGGUCCGUGGGGCGGGUCAAACUCGUCUCAACGCACGUGGCACCCAGCGCGCCAAGCCGCUACCAAAUUUACCAGUAGUCGGUAAACGUAAAUUCGAUGGAGGUCACCCAAAUCCUGGAGAUUCAAAGCGACGUUAUGCAAGCGGUAUCAUAGGAAAUGGUGGUGGAAAUUGGGGCAGUCAACCAUUACCGCAACAACCUUUGGGCACAAAUGGCGAACAAUGGUAUACCGAUACUUAUCCAACAUGGAGUUAAGAUGGGGAAGUUAAAAAAGACGAAAGAACACAACAGACCGGAAUUCGGAAGUAAAACAUCUAAAAUAGCCGGCAUUAUAAUGUGAUAUAUAAUGAAAUGGGAAAAAAAAUAAUAAGUGCAUCGAGAACAACCGAAAGUUCACAUUAUCCUUAAAGUGUUUUUUCUCUUUUUUCAAUUUAGGAAUCUAAGCACAUACACAAACACUCAGUUUUGUCAAAUUUAAAUUAAUAUUUCCAUUAUGAAGAAUUUUACAAUGUGUGCAACACAUAUAAAACAAACAAUUUAGAAAGUGUGACUAGGACUUAAUAGGAUUCAAAAUUCUAUAUAAAAAAAUUUAAAAGAAAACUUCAUCGUCGUAUUCGUAAUUAGGAUGUAAAUAAUCAGAAGUGAUGAAAUGAAAAUGACUGAAAUUUAAAAUUAUUUUUUGAUUCUUCUUUUGACUUAGAUUUAUGAUUAAAAUAUAAACGAAAAAUAAAACUAUGUAACUUGUAAUGGCGAACUUAAUUUUACGCUAGGGUCUUAGAAUUGAAAAGAUCGAAAAUAAAAAAAUGGGCAAAAAAUCGUAUUAACAAAAAAAAAAGUAAAAAAAAAAUCGCCGACGUGUUUUUGCAUCGACCCUUCGAUUCGUUGCGUCUUUAUGUACUUUUAUUAUGUUUUUGGUAUUUUAAUAGUUCGCUUAAUUUGAAAAAGAAAAAAAUUAUUAAAAUUAGUAAUGGUGAAAGCACAACCAAAAAAAAUUAUUGAAAUUUUCAUUUUUAUCUUUCAUUUGAUUUUGUUAUAUUGUAAUCUCAUUCGGUUAAUUGUUUUGCAUUCUCAUUUUCAAGUUCUUAUUUAACUUAUUUAAAUUUAGUUGAAAUCUUUUUGAGAAAAUUAUUAAGUUUUGUUUGUCGUUAUAAUUGUCCUGUUCGGAGUAUUUUGGUUUUUCGUUUCAUAUGUAAAGAAUAAUACCAACCAGAGAACCAUUGAUAUUCGCCAUAACAUGUCUUCGUAAUUGUUCGAUAGAAUUGAAUUAAAUAGGCUACCGUUUUAUAUAAAGAGGAAGAAAAUAAUUAGAACCGUAUUCCAAGAUAAUCAUCACAUUCAUUUCGCACAUGCAUACAGAGAUAAAAGAUAUAAAAAUACUUCCCUGGAAAGUGUAACCCGUAUUGUUGCGUACACUUGACACACUUACAAUUGUUGAAAAGCAAUAGUUUGUUUUCUAGUUAUUGGUAUAGCCAUCGUCAUGAAUUCUGCUGUCCGUGAAUAAAACAUGUAACUUAGACUAAGAUUAAUUUAGAUACAAUUUUAGGUUGAAUUGUAAAGAGAAAAUCGAUAGGGAGCUGCGAAAGCCGCACCACCAACAAAUUAAUAAUUCGCGCGAUAUUUUCACCACCAUUUUUUAUUUUAACUCUGUCAGUUUAGUAAUAUCUAAAUUUUACUUUUUUUACUAUUAUAGAGAGGAACAAUUAUUAUAUGUAUAUCUAUUAAUUGCAUAACAUUUAUUUUCCAUCGACUGAUAAUUAUUCUCUAUUUUUUUUUGUAUUGUAAAGCACACACAACUGAAAAACUACACGCAAGCAUGUGAAAAAUUGUACAGACAAUUGCCGCAGAAACAAGUAAAAUUUAUUGAUUUUUGGACUUUAUCAAGAAUAAUUGUAAUAUCUCAUUCAUUGAUUACGAAAAGUAAAUAAAACGAUUUAAAAGCAACGUACUGAUGGAAUAAAUUAUAAUAGUGAUCGUAAUGUUAUUGGUUAUAAUUAAAGAAUUAUUACAAAUUAUUAAAAAUAUAUAAAAUUAUAAUAUUUGAUAUGAAAUUUUUUAUUGUUUGGUCGUAAUUUAUUUAAAUUGAGAAAAAGGAGAAAAGCAACUUGAAACCAAUUUUUUAGAUGUAAUAAAGAACAAUUAGAAUUCUUCAAAUACGAAUGAUAAGAAAAAAACACGCGUAGAUUGGGGAAAGAGGAGCUUCAGACUCGUGCGGGUCGUAAUAAAAGUAAGCCGCCACGGCGAGCGUUUUGUCAAUGCCAUUUUCCUCCAAUUAUAUAUUGUUUUGGACUCAAAAUUGUGAUCAAAAGGAAAAUUUUAAAAAGUUUUCUAAAUUUUUUAUAUUUAUACAUAUAGGAUCAAGUUUUUAAUAUUAAAAAAGUAUGAAAAUCGGUAUGAUUAAUAAAAAAAAAGAAGAUGAAAGUAAGAAGUAUGUAAUUGUAAUUUGUACGUUAUAUUAGUCAUUAUGAAAGACAAUAUUUAAUGAGCAAGAAAAAUCCGUGAAAAAUUCUCAACUAAUCAGCUCAACCAUGAAUCCUUGUCGAUAUCGAAAUUGAAGAAUUAAUAUCCACGAUUUUCACCUAUAACAACCGAUCCCGUAAGAUACAAUACUUUGUUUUAAAAAUAGUUUGCAUACACACCCACACCCCACACACACUCAGCAUUCAACCACUUUUUGCAAAAUAAAAACCACUUAAGCUAAUUUUCUUUAAUUAAUUUCUGUUCUUAUAUAGUUUUUUGUUCUUUUUAAACAGUAAUCUGAUCAGACUACAUAUUUGUAUAUUUAAUUAAUUAGAAGAAGAAAUAAAAAUAUCUCUUACAAAUAGAAAAAUAAACAGAAGAAAAAAAAUGAGCAGUCCGUUAGGGUAACGUCGCUUUAACAAAAUUCAGUAACAAACAAACAAAAAAAAAACAAAACAAAACAAAAGAAGUUAUUAAAUUACACACACACAGCAACAGAGAAUGGAAACAAAACAGUUAAAAAUAAAACCCCAUAUAUGAAAAAUUCGUGAGAUUUAUAUGAAAUAUAACGAACCGCUACUGAAUUGGAAGGAAAAAUAAUAUGUUUCACUCGACACACACACAAACACAAACACAUAAUUACAUUACCGAUAAUAUCUCUAAAGUAAUUUUUUGAUUUCAUAUUUGAAAUAGUCUGCAUGUAUGUAUAUCGAGAGAGAAAAACUGAAAAAAUAAUUGAAAUAAAAAGAGGAAAAAUCAA